AUGCUGUGUAAAGGGCCAGCAGUAGCCUCUCCUUUCUUGAAUUCCCGUAAGCUUUUUUCCAGGAAAAUCCUAUUCAUUUCAAGCCCAGCAUUUUACAAUUCUUUGAGGCCUGUAAUUCAAUGGAAGUCUGUUAGGAGUAGUACCUCUAGAAGAAUGGCUUCAAGAGUUGUUACUCCUCGUGCUCUGCGGAGAAACUCAGAGACCCCGAUCAACUUAUCGACUCUGUGGAAACUUUUAUUUUUGAUUGUGAUGUGGGAGGACUCUCUAGAUGAAAAAUAUUCUCAUAUUUUUUAUGAAGAGCGAUGCAAAGCAAGCGAUGGAGAGCAGCGUGAGUCUGUUUCCACGAAUGAUGAUGGUUUAUAUGAGCUGGAAGGUUAUAACCCACGUCUUUCGGAUAUAAUCUCCAGUGACUUCAUUGAUGAUCUCCCAUUCGACAACAACUACAACAUGAGCCUCACUGACUGUGAGGACAAAGAUGCUAUAAUUACUUGGGUAAACAAGAAGACAAUCCCUGCUUUGUAUAACAUCACAACGACAGAGGAGGUGAUUGGUAGUGCAAUAGCUAUCAAGAUUUUGAGCCAUGGGUUAUUGCCUCUGUGGGCUGGUGUCAUCAUCACUGCUCGACUGGAUGAAUAUCAUUCAAAAUUCAAAUGGGACACUACAGUAUCUCUUCUGAUGCCUUAUCACAAAAAUCAGGCUCUGUCAUUGCUGGAGCAUAGCAUCCCAAAUGAGUACUUGGCUAGCCAUCUUCCCACAUGGUUAAAAGGACUUCAUGCAGUCCUUUGUGGUCGAAUACCAUUUGGUGUUGUAACAGAGUUGGUUGGGCCUACAGGGAUUGGCAAAACUCAUGAAGAUAUUUUCACAUUUGUGAGGUGGGGUUGUCAGUUUUUCGGAUUUGAAAAAAUGAGUGACGAUGGAGAAGAGGAAGGGGCGAUGUUAGAGUUCACCCCAACUUGGGUGGUGGCCGCCGUAUGUACAAUCAUCGUCGCCAUCUCCCUCGCUGCCGAGCACUUUCUCUAUUAUGCCGACAAGCCGAGCACCAUCUUCGUCGCCUGCGAGUACCAGCCCUCUCUCUCUAUCCCUAAUUUCAGUUGCAACCCCAUCUUCGUCGCCUGCGAGCUCCAGUUUUUGGUAAUUAACCUGGCUGCUGCUCUUCCUGUCCUUCAAGUAAGUUCGAUAUUCCUUCAAAAGGAAGUCGAUCAAGCUCCUAUUGUUGUCGACUCCAUACCACAAUCCCAAUCCAAUCUAAUUUCUGAAGAUGUAGCAGUUACUACAACAAGUCAGGCAAAGAUGGCACUGAAAAUGUUGAGGGAAAAUAGAGAGAGAUUUGACCUGGUAAUCAGUGAUGUGCAUAUGCCAGACAUGGAUGGUUUUAAGCUUUUGGAGCUUGUUGGUCUUGAAAUGAACCUGCCUGUCAUCAGUAAGUUUUGA